UGUCCCACCUCCAUCCAUCCUCAACCUCGCACAGCGCACCGCGAUGGCCAUCUUCAACCGUCGAGGAGCAACAGACGCAGGUCCCGCCUCCAAGCCUGGUGGGCCUGCCGGUGGAGCAGGAGCAGCUGACAAUGAUACCGAUAGCGUCAUUAAGGAGAAGAAGCCCUUUGCUCAGCGAAAGCCGGCAAACACCGCCUUCAAGCAACAAAGACUGAAAGCAUGGCAGCCCAUCCUCACACCGCGAUCCGUCUUGCCUACAUUCUUCGUCCUGGGUCUCAUCUUUGCGCCCAUCGGGGCUGUGCUUUACUACUUUUCAUCCACCGUCAGCGAGCUCACAAUCGACUACACGGAGUGCAUCUCCCUCCCGCUCAACGAAGACCAAGCCAUCCCGAGCAGCAAAUACAGCUAUCAGCUGCACGACAUCAGUAGCUCCAACUUUCAGCAGCCUAGGUGGACCAGGACGGGCGAGAAUGCUUGCCAGGUCUUCUUCUGGAUCCCCACGGACCUAGACCCGCCCCUCUUCCUCUACUACAAGCUCACAAAUUACUACCAGAACCAUCGACGCUACGUCAAGUCUCUGGACACUCAACAGCUCCUCGGCGAAGUGCGUACGGCCGAUGAUCUGCAGGGCGGGCAGUGCAAGCCCGUCGGCAAGGACGACGCUACAGGGAAAGCCAUCUACCCUUGUGGAUUGAUCGCCAACUCGGUAUUCAACGACACGUUUGGGGACCCGAUUCUCCUGACUAGCAGUACGAGUCAGAAUGUCACGUACGCGAUGAGCGAGAGGGGGAUCGUUUGGCCGGGGGAGAAGGACAAGUAUAAGCGAACCACCAUGGACCCUUCGCAGCUGAUCCCGCCUCCGUACUGGCGCGGAGCUACAGGGGAGCGUUAUGGCAAGCCCAGCGGGGAGUACUUUGCAAACGGAUCGAACCUUUUCGAUCCCUCGCAAGACGAGCACUUCAUGGUCUGGAUGCGCACAGCCGGCCUCCCAACCUUCCGCAAGCUCUACAAACGCAACGAUGCCGACGUGCUGCGCGCGGGUUACUACCGACUAGACAUAACGGACAACUAUCCCGUCACGAUGUUCAAAGGGACAAAGAGCAUCGUAAUCUCCACCGUCUCCUGGGUAGGAGGUAGGAACCCUUUCUUGGGGAUUGCCUACAUUGUAGUUGCGGGAUUGUUGAUCCUUUUGGGGCUGGUGUUCACGGCGAAUCACCUGGUUAGGCCGAGGAGAUUGGGGGAUAUGAGUUUGUUGAGCUGGAAUGCUGAGGAGGGGGGGAGAUGAUGAGUGAGCGUGUGCGAGGUGGACACGGGGUGUGGCCUGCGGCCCCCCCUUUCUGUAUAUGACGACUCUUUUUGUUCGGAGCUGCGACUCGACGCGAAAUGACC